AUCGUCACUGUUUCUUCGAGAGCUCUUGUUGUCGUUUGCUCAGCCGUGCGGCCUUGGCCUCUCUUGUGGAGCUGCUGCUAAUGUACUUUUUUGCAUCCGAAGCACGACCGCGAGGUGGAGCAUCGUGUUAGGAUUGCAGUGUCUCAAUUCUUGCGCACUUUUAAGGCGUUUUUUUGGUGCGUUUCACGUUGGGAUUGAGUGUGCGUGAGUGAUUUUUCAUUCGGAGGCGAGAUGCAGGACGGGAAUGGCCUGGAUCAUUUGGCCGGGGAGCGGGCCAUGGCGCAGUUCGAUUUGCAGGCCAUGAAGGUCUACUUGGCGGGAGGCCAGCGGGAGUAUGAGAUCUCGACCAAGAUGGCGCAGCUUGUGGCUAACGACCCGGUCUUUUCUAAAGAGGACAGGGUGAGGCUAGCCCGCAAGGACCUCUACAAAAACUCCCUCAGGAAGGCUGGUCAUGCAUGGAAGACUAUCUUGGAAAAGGGAUUAUCUGAGGUGGAGGGCUUGAAGCUUCGACAUUUCGUUGAUGAACCCACUUAUACAGACCUUCACUGGGGUAUGUUUAUACCUGCAAUCAAGGGCCAGGGUACCGAAGAGCAACAGCAUAAAUGGCUCCCACUCGCUUACAAGAUGGCUAUCAUUGGGUGCUAUGCUCAAACAGAACUUGGGCAUGGCUCUAAUGUACAAGGAUUGGAAACUACAGCUACCUUCGAUCCUACAACCGAUGAAUUUAUCAUGCACAGCCCAACUGUGACUUCAACAAAGUGGUGGCCUGGGGGACUCGGGAAGGCAUCAACCCAUGCCCUUGUGUACGCUCGGUUAAUAACUGAUAAGAAAGACCACGGUAUUCAUGCUUUUAUUGCUCCAAUUCGAAGUUUGGAGGACCACACGCCGCUGCCCAAUGUCACUGUUGGAGACAUUGGUGUGAAGUUUGGCAACGGUGGAUACAAUACUAUGGACAAUGGAUUCCUACGAUUUGAUCACGUUCGCAUACCACGAGAAAAUAUGCUUAUGAGAUUAGCGACUGUUACAAAAGACGGGAAAUACGUGCGAUCGAACAAGCCACGUCAACUUGGUUACGGAGCUAUGGUUUUUGUUCGUCAAGGCAUUGUUAUUGAUGCCUCUAUUUAUCUUUCUCGUGCAGUCACUAUUGCUGUUCGUUAUAGUGCUGUACGUCGUCAGUUUGGCAAUAAAGACGAGCCUGGUGAACUCCAGGUUAUACAAUACAGAACACAGCAAUCUCGGCUCUUUCCACUGCUGGCAACUGCGUAUGCUUACCGCGCCGUCGGUUUCUGGAUGAAAUCAUUAUACGCUGACGUCAUGAAGCGUCUGAAUGAUAAUGAUUUUUCUACCUUGCCGGAGGUCCAUGCUUGUACUGCUGGGUUGAAAUCUAUAACAACAUCUGUCACCGCUGAUGGUAUAGAAGAGUGCCGCAAACUUUGUGGAGGACAUGGCUUUCUGUGUGCAAGUGGCUUACCUGAACUCUAUGCUGCCUACGUGCCUGCCUGCACAUACGAAGGAGACAAUACGAUACUUCUCCUUCAAGUCGCACGUUUCCUGUUAAAGACCCUAUCACAGGUUAGCAAAGUACGACCCGUUGGUACUGCGGCGUACUUGGGAAAUAUCAAGCAGCUUUCGACCCAGAAUUGCAAGGUUUCCCAAGGUCACGAUUGGCUGAAUACAUCGGUUUUAUUGGAGGCUUUCGAGGCAAGGUCUGCCCGUCAAGCAGCUGCAGUUGCUUUGCGUUUGGCCAAGGGAUCGGGAUCAGAAGCUGAAUUCCAAGAAAACACGCCUGAACUGGUGGAAUCAGCUCGUGCUCAUUGCCAAUUGAUUCUAGUGUCUAAGUUUAUUGAACAAUUACAAACUGGAACACCAGAGGGCAUUAGGAAGCAGCUGGAAGUCUUAUGCUACACGUAUGCUUUUUCUCAGUUGAUUGACAAUGCAGGAGACUUCUUGGCGACAGGUUAUGUGACAGGAAAUCAAAUUGCACUUGCUAAGGAAGAAUUGAAGCACAUGUUUGAUAAGAUUCGACCAAACGCUGUCGCCUUGGUUGAUGCUUUUGACCACACUGAUGACUAUCUGGGUUCAGCUUUAGGGCGGUACGAUGGUGAUGUCUAUACUCAUCUCUACAAGGGUGCAUUUAAAGAAUCAUUAAAUGACACUGUGGUCGUGGAUGGUUACGAGGAAUACCUGAAGCCUGUGCUGACUCAGAAUUUAUGGGCACCGCAUUCCAAGUUGUAGAGGGGAGUACACUCCUAAUUCCUACCGCACGUACGUGAUAGUUCAUUGUACCUGCUAUCGCUUCUCAGCAAUGAUUGUGUGCAGCUAGAUCUUUGCCAGUAUGACCAGUAGGCAUAGAUAGAAGGAUACAUAGUAUUGAAACGAAGUUGUCGAUAUUCAUUUUUCUGUAGCAUUACGAUCAUACAACCCUUGUUAUUUUUUCUAAUUCACAUUGGGCUAUGAUCUGCAAAUAAGCAUGCAGAGUAUGAUUUGAAGCUGUUUACCAUG